GACCCGCGACACUUAAUAAAUUAUCCGACCUGGACCCGAUCUAUCACAAGACGGGUCUGGAUAACAAAAAACUCGCCCUCAACCUGCCCAUUGUCGUUCGACUCGUUCCUACCUAUUCCAUAAACUAACGUGGCCCCAAAAUUUGAAGGUCCACAAUUAAUUUAUGGCACUUGAUGGAGUGUUUGGAGUUUGGAGGCCCUGUUUUGGGUGCCUUGCCUCCCACCACAUGAAAAGAGCUGGCCUCAAGCCUUUAUCCCACAUCAUAUUGCUAUGCGCUAUUAAAUAAACAACUUGAUUAGCAUCCCGCCAUGAAUUGAGCGUAGGAUCAAAUCCAUAACUAAAUAUGGUCUGCUCAUUUUUUAAAUUUCAAUCUGUCGAUCAAUCGAGGGUGACUCCUUGCUAAUGACACAAAUAUCAAAAUACAUCAAGUUGAAACAGGCAAAACGACGUCCAAUAUCAUUCGUACCUUGAACACCCUCUAUUGUGCUUCUUUCAAUUGGAUCUUAAGGUCAUCAUAUUCAACCGCUUUUGCCUUAGCAUUGAAUUGGUGUAACCGCAUGUCUUUAGCAUUAUCUCUAUAGGAGCAAAAUGGACUUUCGAGUCUUGCGCGCUACUUAGGUAUCGUUUGCUUGUGAGAUUUGGGUGAUGGAUUUGGUACCCAAAUCCCAAGCAUAAUAGAAUUGGCACAAGUUCAUUGUUUGCUAAGGGACACAAAUUCGUGGGGCCCACGGAUUUGGACCCAUUUUUAAGAUCCAAAUUCGUGGACCCCACGGAUUUGAAAAUCCCACAUUUCAUUUGGGAUUUGAUAAUGGAAGGCAAAAUGUGAUCAAAUCCAUCAUGAAUCUAUGACAAAAAUAAACUACACAAACAAUGUACUCUUCCAAAUCCAUAAUGCAACAAAUCCAUCAUAAAUCCAAAGGUUUUGAAAACUCAAAACCCUCAUUUUCAAAUCUAACAAGCAAACGAGCCCUUAGAGUUAAAUUACCGGAGGAUAACAUAAUAUGCAAAAUAAUCCAUGUUGUAAACACUCGAGUAGAAUUGUUUUUCAUCGAUUAUAUAAAAGAGUGCACAAUAAUUAUAUAAAUAAGAGGAUUGGUUAGAGUAUUAAAAAGCGAGCUCACCAAACUGAAGCUCGGAAGAAGAAUCAUAUUUCAUAUUUAUUUAUUUUCAAAAUGUUCCCCAAAUUUUAGUGCUUAUUCUAAGGAUGUGGUCUGAUAUUUACAACAAAAAUCAAACAAUCACAAGUGAGCAUUACUCGCGUUUAUUUCUGAUGAGCAAUUUAAAGAAUUUAUCAACUUGUAUUGAGAAGAGGAUUAUAUGUCUAAAGCAGGUAAAUGUAACAGAGCUAUUAUUACAACUCAAAAGCAAAACAAAAAAAAACAAACUGAUAAAAUGAAUCCAUUUAGUUAGUUUACUAAACUUCAUUUUGUAAAACCCACCUUUCCAAACUUAGCAAACUUUCAAUACAAAAUGUUGAGUUCUUUGUUUCUUUGUUUUUUUUCCUGGUCAGCAAAUUCAUCCUUUUUUAUCGGAUGUCCCGAAAGGACGAGCAAAUUCAUCCAUGGAUUGUGGAUCAUUAUCCUUUUUCCAACCACAUUAACCCCAAAACCUCUCUUACUUCCACCCUUCAAAUCCUCAAACCAACUCUAUAUAAAAUAGUAACACGCUAGAUCAUCAGUCAAUCACAUCAGUAAUCACUCUCUCGAUCUCUCUUUUUUUUUUUCCUCUGCUUUUGCUUUUCCCUCCAAAAGUUGCUAACAAAAGUGAAAGAGAGUGACAAUGGACGAUUCCGAAAAACCCAUCUCGCCUCAAAACUUCCCAUCAAAGCUCACUUUUUAUGUCGCUAUUUGUUGGUUCCUCGCCGCCUUUGGUGGCCUUAUGUUUGGCUAUGACAUUGGUAUCUCUGGUGGAGUGACUGCCAUGGACGAUUUCCAGAUCAAGUUCUUCCCAAAAGUGUACGAGCGGAAGCUUCAUGCCAAAGAAGACAACUACUGCAAAUACGAUGACCAGAACCUUCAGCUCUUCACUUCUUCGCUCUACCUCGCCGCCCUCGUCUCCAGCUUCGCGGCCUCCAAAGCGUGCGAGCUGUUCGGCCGGAAGCCCACCAUUCUAAUCGCCUCCGUGUUUUUCAUCGCCGGAGCUGCCCUCAGCGCCGCCGCCAUGGACGUCGCCAUGCUCAUCGUUGGUCGAAUCCUCCUCGGUGUUGGCGUAGGAUUCGGAAACGAGGGAGUUCCCCUGUUUUUAUCGGAGAUAGCGCCGGUGAAGCACAGAGGAGCGGUCAACAUCCUGUUCCAGCUCUUCGUCACGAUCGGAAUCCUCUUCGCCAACCUGGUCAACUUCGCGGUCUCGAAGAUCCACCCGUACGGCUGGCGAAUCUCCCUCGCCAUCGCCGGCGCACCGGCGGCGGGGCUCUUCAUCGGCUCAAUCGUCAUCUCCGAGACGCCGACCAGCCUCGUGGAGCGGAACAAGCUGGAGCAGGGGCACAAAACCCUAAAAAAAAUCAGGGGAGUCGACAACGUGGACGCCGAAUUCAACCAGAUCAAGGCCGCCUGCGAGGCCGCCAAGCAGGCCAAAAGCCCAUUCAAGGAGCUGAUGAAGAAAUCCAGCUUCCCGCCCUUGAUCAUCGGAAUCCUGCUCCAGGUUUUCCAGCAGAUGACCGGAAUCAACGCCAUCAUGUUCUACGCCCCUGUUCUCUUCCAGACCGUCGGGUUCAAGAACGACGGCUCCCUCCUCUCCGCCGUCAUCACCGGCGUCGUCAACGUCGUCAGCACCGUCGUCUCCGUUGUCGCCGUCGAUAAGGUCGGCCGCAAGGCCCUCCUCCUCGAAGCCUGUGUCCAGAUGUUCAUCUCUCAGAUGGCGAUUGGGUUCAUUCUGCAUCUGAAUCUGACGGCGACGGGGUCGCUGACGAAGGUGGAAGCCGGCGUGGUGGUGUUCCUUGUGUGUUUCUUCGUAAUGGGCUUUGCGUGGUCUUGGGGCCCAUUGGGCUGGCUGAUUCCAAGCGAGACUUUCCCGGUGGAGACUCGAGCGGCGGGUUUCGCCUGCGCGGUGAGCUCCAACAUGCUCUUCACCUUCAUCGUGGCACAGGCUUUCUUGUCCAUGAUGUGCCAUUUGAAGGCCUACAUCUUCUUCUUCUUCGCGGCCUGGAUCUUUGUGAUGGGGCUCUUCGUCGUCUUCCUCUUGCCGGAGACCAAGGGAGUCCCCAUCGACGCCAUGAACGAAAGGGUCUGGAAGAAGCAUCCUGUCUGGAAAAAAUUCAUGGAUUGAUUGAUAACAACAACACAACAAAUUGCAACCCGCCAUUGAAGAAGCUCUAGGAGAAUUGGAAGAUAUAUGGUUUCCGCAGAGAGCAGAACCACAAAAAAAGGGGGAAAGAAUCAAUCUUUUUACUUUCA